AUGAAGUCUAACGUUAUCAACGAUGGUCUUGGAUUUAUUACUUCCAUCACUUUUAUAUUUUUGGUUGGAAUUUUCAUGUCAUCAUGGUUAGGAAUUUCACUUCUCACCCUUGGUGAAUGGUUCAUCAAGAAAAUGCCUUUAGUAAGCUACAUAUAUGUUGCUUCUAAACAAAUAAGUGUAGCAAUAUCACCUGAUCAAAGCUCAAAUGCUUUCAAGGAAGUUGCGAUCAUAAGACACCCUCGUGUUGGUGAGUAUGCAAUUGGGUUCAUCACUUCUUCGGUGAUACUAAGGAAUAGAGAUGAUGAUGAACUAUUUUGUGUUUACGUUCCCACCAAUCACUUGUACCUUGGAGAUAUUUAUCUCAUUAGCCCAAAUGAUAUUCUAAGACCAAAUUUGUCUGUUCGAGAAGGAAUAGAAAUUGUUAUUUCUGGUGGCAUGUCAAUACCUAAAAUAUUAACGAUCGUGGAUGCUCAUACCAAUUUUGCACCUAGAAAGGCAACAUAUGCAUCAAAAAGAUCAGAUUUACUUGCAAUCAAGGAUUGUGUUCCUUGUUGCUGCGACCAGGAAGAGAACUCGGUGGAGUUCUUUGACUUAGAGUAUGAUAUCUCUAAGGGUGACAGAAAUAGGUUGCAUGGGGAUGAGGAAGUAGAGGUGGAGGACAUGGAUGAAAAGCAGGUGCAUGGGAGGAGGAAAGAGGUUCAUGGUGAAGUUCGUGAAGGAGUAGUUGAUGAAGGACAAGUGGAUGAAGGACUAAUGGAUGUUGAUGUACAUAUUGAUGAACUAGUAGAUAACAAUAUAGAAGGGUCUGUGUUAGUAGAAGUUAAUGUAAAUGAAGAAAACUGUGAUUUAGAAACAUAUGGUAGUGCACAUAGCCACAGAAACCCAAAUGACAAGGGGUUGUUUAAUGAUGAGUGA